GUUCAUGCUGACAUCAAGUAAUGGCUUGAAUGUGGCUUCAUUUGACAGCAGGACUGACCAUUUUGCAGUCUGACAAUAUAUUUGGUAAGAAUUUGAUUGAUCUAACUCAUCUUGUAGUGUCAUCUCAUAGUGCUUGAUCUGUAGCCAAAUUCCACCUGUCCCGGCUCUGCCCUCUGUUAAGUUCAUCAAACUCCACCGACUUCAUUAAGCAGUACAUUUGCUUGACCUCUGAAAGUUAAAAGGUCAGAGAAUGGGUAUAGAAUGAAGUCUGAAUGAACGCUGUCCUUUGAUGGACAUCAUUUAAUGGCAAGUCGUUCUGGCCCAGAUCUGUAGGCUCCUCAUCUGUUUUUUUACCACCUCCAGUCUUUUAAAAGGCAAUGGAACCUACAGAUAUUCACCAAGGCAACUGAACCAUUCCACAGCAUCCAGAGACGCCUGCUGAAUUCAUGUCAUGCUGCUCCAUAAAUGUAUAUUCAGCAGUUAUUAACAAUGUGAGCAACUGCCAGAAUUUGCUUCAAUCAGAACUUGGUGACUCUCCUGCUGUACGACUCAACCAGGAUGAGGCAGCUGCUUUCCAAGUCUGUUGUGAUUGAUGACGACGAUGAUGAUGAAUAUCCCUGGAGACAGAAUGCUCACAAGUACUACAUACAUCUAACCCUCAGCCUUUUCCUCUUUCUUUGGUUCAUUCUUGGGAAUUACUGGGUUUUUUCUGUGUACCUACCAAACUUCAUCCCACCUUUCCAUCAGCCUCAGGAUUACUGUGACAAAACCCUGUACAUUUUUGCUGUUGGUGUUCUCAUUAUUAGCCAUACUGUUCUCUUUCUCCUUAUCUUUUGUAGCUGCUGCAUAUAUUGUUUUUCCAGGCAAAGAUACUCUUCUGAGGAAGACUAAAUGCCACAUAAAUAAAGCCCCAGAUGUGUGGGAAAGCUUGUAUAACAAAAAAUAGGCAAUAAUUCACCCUUGUGUACGUCUUUGUCGUACUAUAUAUAUGUAUGAUAGCAGUCAACUGCAAGAGGAAAUUGUAAAAUACAGUGCCAUCUGGAAAAAGCUAUGCUGGAAUUCAGCAUAGUCAAUGUAAAAUUGCUGCUAUGGAUGGCAGGGUGCAUUCUUGCUAACUUCUACAUCUCCUUUUUAACUCUUGGAUAGUCUAUCUGGAGCAAGCUCUUGCAGAUGGCGCACUCCUCUAAAACCAGGUCCCCUUAUGUUGUUUCAGCAUAGUACAUCUCUGCCUAUAAAAGCAGACAUGUUGUCCUUUUCACAUGGAUCUGAACAUCUCUGUAGCCUUGCUGAGGUAUGUUACUAUCUCUGCAUUACAAAUGAGGAAGCUGAGACAAAGAGAUAAAGGGCUGUAUUCAGACCACCUUGUAUGGUGCAUGGACUUUGACAGCAACUUAGAUGCUCGCUACGGAGCUAUUCAGGCCACUGUUAGACCAGCCAGCGAGUAGCUAUGAGAGAAUUAUGAGCAUGUAUAAAGUCAGCCUGAAUACGGCCCCCAGGUAUCUUCUGAACUUGGAUUUGAAAGCAUUUAUAUCUACCUUUGGUGCUAAAACAGAUAGUCUGAAUAUAUCCAUAUAUAUCCAAAACAUCCAAAUGGAGCCAGUGCCACUCUGCAACUCUUUGGCAGAACAAUAUAUGCUCAGCAUUCCCCAAGCUGGGGAGACUGCUCUUCUCUACUUUUUGUAUAGCAGUAAUUUGUCAGCACCACGCCAACACAAAGGUGGUUGUCAAACCAUUGUGACCACAUUCAUAAAAAACCUGAUGAUGUUAUGUAGGUGUUUUAAAUAUAAAAGAUGAUAAAUACAUGUGAGAAUUUCAGGCGGAUGUGUUCACUACAGCAGUGCUCUGAUUGUGGUGUGAGUGUACAUUUGAUUUGUUCACCUUGGUGCUGUACAUAUGGAAAUCUGUGCUUAAUAGGUAGAUGUAAUACAAACACCUGGUAAGCCAACAAGCAGUAUCAGCUUUAAAAGCACCAGCAUGUGCAGAGACAACUGCUUUGUGGCACGUAAGGGAACAAGCCUGUAACUGGUGCUGGAAGAUUGUUUCUUCAUAUGUUGAUGAAAGCUGUGUAAAAGUGCUCUUUCUGCAUUUGCUUUUAUGCACUUCUGUUAAUAUGGUCAAUGCAGAGAGGGUCCCCUCUAUACAAGCACGAGGGUGGCCCCAGCACAGGAAGAGGAUGCAUGUUCUGGGUAUCUUUUCUGCUAAAACCCACACAGCUGAAACCUAUGUUUUAGAGAAACCUAGAAGACUUACAAGAUGCCUGUGGAAGGGUGAAAGCUGUAAAAGAACCUCAACAAUAUGCCACAGCUGAACAGGCUCUGUCCAACCAUCCUUCCUGGGACUGAGGCUGAACACAGCGUGACAUCUGUGGGAACCACCUGUCUUCAACCAUGAACAUUUACCUCAGGGGCUAUUGUAUAAAUAACUAAGGGUGCAUUCGGUCUGUAAGGAUUUUAAUUCAGGCCCUGGCUUUAAGAAUUGCUUAUUUCCAGAAAACUAGUCUUAGAGUGAAUAUAGGGUAAAGGGUGAAACAUUGACAAAAAGCAGCACCAGUGUAGCAUUCCCCUGCUCUGCUGCAACCACUCGGGAGAAGUCACAGUCAGGCUGUCCCUGAUCAGAAAUCCAUGGGGUGGGAAUUACUAACACUGCUGGCUGACUUAGGCCGUGCACAGUCAGCAGACCAAUGGAAAUAUUUCCUUUUAUUUAUGGGCCUCAAAUUGUGUCUGGGAGAAAUCACAGUUAUGUUUUCCCCAAGAGGUGCUCCACCCCCCACUCUCCACUGCCUUUCCAAAGGCACUACACGUUUCUGAAACAUAACUGCUGCCAAUGGUGGAAUGCCAGAAUUCCUCCUUCCCAAAUACUUCACUGGUUCAGCACUUGGGCUCCCGGAUUUCAGUGUUCAGUUCUGAACUCAUCUAAGUGGUUUUACCUGCAGUGAAGAGCAUCUUUUGUUCAUUAAGAAGUGUUUAAGAAAUUGCCUAACAGCAGGCAUAAUUCCACCCAUCAACUCAAAUGCCACAAAGCAGCUGUUUAUCAUUACACAUGAACUUUACCCAAAAAUUUGAAACAGGCAUAAAAAAGAAAAUUAUACUCAGUUGAUAAUGUAAAAAGAAGCAGCUACACACACUCUACCCAUAGGAUUCCCUCGCUAUUGCAACAACUCCCUGUUGUUGCAAAGUGCUGUUAGAAUCAUUCUUGAUCACAAAGAAUUAAGGGCUCACACUCCUGAUUAAGUCUGAAUUGAUUCCCAUGUCACUGCAUAUCCAGUGACCUUGCAGCAAGUGGUGAUGUGUGUUCUCUACCUGAGCAAACCCAACGUCAUUUUAGUUCAGCCCUGAGGAGAGGAGGUGUAAGCUGAGCCACAUUCCCUUGCAUUUCUGGUGUGCCUGUGUGAGCAUAGUUACAGCAGCUCAGCACGUGUGUAAUGAUUCGUCAAAUUUCAGCCACAUAACAGUAAGCCCGAGGCCUGUGUCUCAUUCAUGGGAGGGUAAGACUGACUGAUUCUCUGCAGUCUACCAUGGAGACUUAAUUCUUCAGGUAUGACAACCCAGUGCGUUCAUUGACAUCUUGGGAAAGUGCUGCCAAAUCAUAGUGCUGGCGUUCAGUACCUGGUUAGCACAAACACAAAAUGAUAGAGGAAGUACUAAUGAAGCAAAAGGCAUAUGUGAAAUACUUUGAAGGUAUAAAAGGUAAACAAAAAGCUCCGUUAGGACUGGGAGAGGACAAUUCUGAAUUGAUAGUAUUUAUCUUCAUUUGCGUACAUCAAUAAGAUAUGGCACAUGCAAGUGUGAACAUCAAUACCUCCAAAAUUUCUGGAGCCAUCAGUUCUGUAUCCAGCAAGGUCUGAGCAUGCCUUCUGCACUUUGAUUGCUACUGCCUCCUUCAGCAGGCUGGAAUCAUGCAGGUGUAGAGCAGGGACAGCUGGUUUUGGGCACAGGACCAAAUACAACUGAGUUACAGUGACUUACUAAGUUACCACUCUUCUCCUGAUGCACCACCAGCAGCAUACUUUCUCUUGGGUUGCUCAAAUGGCUAAAUAAAGCACUCAGCUUAAACCCAAAUGAAAGUCAUUUGAUUGCAGGCACUUUCUUUCACUUUGAGAUAAUCUAGGAAACGUACAUGGACCACAGCACCUUAACUUGCAAGCAGCAGCUUUUUAAAUUGCCACAAACUGAUGUGGUCCCAGACAAAUGGAGAAGUGGGCACAUUUCCCCAGCAAACAGCUGUGGGGGAAUUAUGUCAUUACAGCCCAAAGGUCAAAUGGCUGAAAAUACAAUCUACACCUUGGUAUGAAAAUGUUUCAUAUUUUGCCAGUAGACUAAAUUACAAAUUGAAAAUGCUCAUUUUUUUUCCCAAAGUAAUAUAAAUGCCUUCUGAAAACUGAACAAAAUAGACCCUUCAGCUAAUUAUUAUGAACUCAGAAAUGUGUUGACUACCAUGCAGGAAAACAGCUUUAACUGUUCCAGUUAAAUCAUCUCCCCUUCUUGAGAAACAAAGGUCUAUUUCUUGCUUUCAAAGGAAAAAAAUAUACAUUAUUUCAAUGGGCUAGAUAGCCUGCUCACUGCUAGUUGUGGGCACUGCAGAAAUCUAAUAAUAUAAAGACACAAAGACAUUUCCGCAUGCACACACAGACUCUAGACAUAUACGCAUCAUAAAUGCAAUGGUAGCAGCCAUGAAAUAAAUCACGCUUAUUACAGUUUAUUGCCCUCAGUAUAUUUCUCCUCCCACUACUCCACCUUCUUUAGCAAUGGGCAUAAUAUUCCAAAGCAAUAGGGAGCAGCUUCCCAGAGCUAUUUUAAAAGCUGCAGCCAGACAGGCAAAUGUUUUUUUCCUUCAUUCCAAAUGUUGAACACAGACAGCUCCUGCCUGCUGACCCGAAGAGAGGGAAGGUGAGCAUCAGACAUAUCACAGACCUCAUCUCCUCUGGAGUAGAAACAGGAACGCGCUGUUGCAGAUCUCUCUCACACAGCACUCGCUCUGAUCUUGAUGAGGUCCCAAGACAUCAGAUUUUAAAGCUACAAGUGACUGCACAGAGGAAAAGAAAAAAGAAGCAGAGCUAUUCUAGGUUAAGUCAAGAGCUGUUCUGAAUGUCUCAGAUCCUGAAAUGUGAACAAUUGGUGUAAAUGAGUCUAAAUGCCUUGACUUUACAGGCAAAGGGCUAUGAAGAUUAAACUGGUGGUACAUUGUACAACAUUCUAAACCAGAUCAGCUUCUGUAAGUUACCUCGAAUCUUAUCUCUGAUUAUUCAUUUUCCCCAGACUCUAGUUGAUAGGGACUUUGCAUCACAAUGACAACCCAUGUACGUUCUGCAUAUAAUAUAGAAAGGACUGUUCCAUCCAGGCUUCAGUUUGAAAUUGCUGCUUCUUGGCUUACGUUUCUUGAGGUUCCUGUUCCCUACUGGAGUACAUGAAAGUCCCACAGGUCCUAGUUAUAAGAAGAAAAAGAAAAAAUCUUUAGAAAGUUUAAUAUUUUAAUGAAAUAAAAAAAGCUGAAAAUGCCAUCUGAUAUUGAAUAGUACAAGAAAACUGCUAAAAAGAACAGGUUUCUGAGAAAAUUGUAUGAAGUUCUGAGAAAUCACAUAAACAUGUUUAUAACAGUGAAUUUUAACCAAAUGUCUCGUUUGAAUAAAAAUGCA